AUGCAUGUAACAUCCGAGUGUAUCGCCUGGAAUGCUGUAUUCGUAACGGAGUCAGUUAUCAUCGUAUCUGUCAACCUUCUUACAAUCAUUGUCUUUAUGAGGAACAGAAAUCUUCGCAAAAGAAGCACGUGCUUGGUUAUAAACUUGACCGUAGUCGACAUGUUGGUUGGUGUACUUUUCGGGGUUCCUCAAUUCCCUUUUUUACCUUGUAACAUAUUUGUAGAUUACGUGGAGGCAAUUUUGUCACAUCUUGUUCUUAUGUUUUUACUUCUCGCCUCCGUGACAAAUAUUGCUGUGAUCUCUUUAGAGCGGAUGCAUGCGACAUUUCGUCCAAUCAGGCAUGGCGUCAUCAAAAAAUGGGUCUACGGGGUAACAAUAGCUGGUGUCUGGGCUCUGGCUUUUAUUGUAAACUUGGCUCGUUUUGUGGUAACCUGGACGGCCCUGGUGCUCUGGCCAGUAUACUAUUGUAUGUGUCUAUUUGUUAUCUGUGUUUGUUACACUUGUAUCUCAAUCAAAUUUUUUUGUGGAGCGCAACCUCAGCACCAUGGUGGAGCCAAUAGACAAAGAAAACUGACUGUGACAUUGCUCAUAAUGACUAUUGUAUCUUUAUUUAUCUUGCUACCAUUUGUUCUCUGUCUUUUCUCUUUUUUCACUGGCAAUAGGUCAGGUUUAUAUCCUUCCCUUUUGUAUGGAAAUGCCACGUUUGUUUUGUCUGGUGCAAAUUCUUUUGUAAAUCCCAUUCUAUAUACUUUAAGAAUUCCAGAGUUUAAAAAAGCUCUGAUCUCAUUAUUUAGAUGUCAACGGAAUGAAAAUGUUGCAAUUCCACAUCAACGUUACUAA